ACACUUUCUAGCACAUUAAUUUUUAAUCAAAAUCAAUGACUUGUGCCUGUGUGUGGUCUUUUUUUAACGUGCUUUUUUUUUUAAGUUAAUUAAACAAUUCGAAUUGAAGAAGAAUCAAGUGGCAAGUUGGGGAAUCUGCAAUGUGUUGCUGCUGUCGAAGUUGCUGAUGUUUCGUGUUGCUGCUGUCAUUGUAAAUUGCUAGUGAGCUGUAAAGUAAAGUUCCACUGAUGCACUUAACCGAGUGCCGUGGGCCAGAUUCCAUGUAAGAUGUCCGUGUGCGCCCUAAGUCAGCCACAGCCGCAGAAUCCCAAGAAUCCCGCGAAUACCACGAAUCCCACAAAUCCCAAGCAAAAGAACGGUACAACGAGAUUACCAGCCCUGACAACCGGAAACGGAAGUGCUGGUAUAAACCUAAACGGCAGGCCCAAGGGCUCCGUAACGCCACCCACUCCGCCGCCUUCUCCGCAGGUUCGGAUCUACGAGGACUUUGACAGGAUGAGCGCCAAGGAGGUCUACUACAACGAGGCGGGCAAGAAGGUGACCGUCAAGCUGCUCCACUUUCCCGACGUUCCGCCCGAGGAGAUAUCCAAGUUGAAGUUCGAGGAUGACGAUGAGGAGGAGGAAGAUGAUGAGGGGGAGGAGGAAGCCGAGGAGGAGGAUAAGGGCGAUGAGGCCGACGAGGAUAGCGAUACGGGACGCCGACCCGCAUCGGCGGACAGCGAGGAGUGUCAAAGGGAGAGACCCGUGGAGGCGGAGGCCACGGCCAGCUCCUCCAAGAAGAUCUUCCGCCGCAAACUGUCCGGCAAUAAUAUGCAGUCGCGCAAGUGCAGCCUGGCCUUCGCCCAGGCCCACGGAAUCCGUCAGCGGGCCGAGAAGAAGCUAUCGAUGCCCACCAUCAGCAUCACGGCCAAUUCGGGUGACCAUGUGGCCCACAGUUUCGUGGGUCUGCGUUUGGGAUUGGGAUUGGGAUCGGGCAGCCGGAAGCUGUCGCAGCAGCACUCGCUGCCCGACUCAUCGCCCUCGCCCACGCAUUUGGGACCCCGGCGAUCCCAUUCGCCGCUGGGCCAGAGCCUCUGCCCCGGCUACAUCCAGUACUCCAAGUCGCUGCUGGAGGUGCCCAUGCCGCGGGACUACGGCUACGCCAGCAGCGACGACCUCAGCUCCGAGUGGGACUCGGAUGUGUCCACCUCGGCGGGGGGCUCCGCGGCGGGAUCGGGAUCGGGAUCGGGCUCCUCGUCGCAGGCCACAGCUGGCAAGAAGAGCUCCGGCUGGCGGAAGAUCCGCAACAUCGUCCAGUGGACGCCCUUCUUCCAGACGUACAAGAAGCAGCGCUAUCCAUGGGUCCAGCUGGCCGGACACCAGGGCAACUUCAAGGCGGGUCCCGAGCCGGGCACCGUGCUCAAGAAGCUGUGCCCCAAGGAGGAGGAGUGCUUCCAGAUCCUCAUGCAGGACCUCCUGCGGCCCUAUGUGCCCGUCUACAAGGGCCAGGUGACCAGCGAGGAUGGCGAACUUUACCUACAGCUCCAGGAUCUGCUCAGUGACUAUGUGCAGCCGUGCGUGAUGGACUGCAAGGUAGGUGUUCGCACCUAUUUAGAGGAGGAGCUGUCCAAGGCGAAGGAGAAGCCCAAGUUGCGCAAGGACAUGUACGACAAGAUGAUACAGAUCGAUAGCCACGCCCCCACCGCCGAGGAGCACGCGGCGAAGGCGGUGACCAAGCCGAGAUAUAUGGUCUGGCGGGAGACCAUCUCCAGCACGGCCACGCUGGGUUUCCGCAUCGAGGGCAUCAAGAAGAGCGAUGGCACCAGUUCCAAAGAUUUCAAAACGACCAAGUCGCGCGAACAAAUCAAGUUGGCCUUUGUCGAGUUCCUCAGCGGUCAUCCCCACAUUCUGCCCCGGUACAUCCAGCGUUUGCGGGCCAUAAGGGCCACCCUGGCCGUUUCGGAGUUCUUCCAGACCCACGAGGUCAUCGGGAGCUCCCUGCUCUUCGUCCACGACCAGACCCACGCCAGCAUCUGGCUCAUCGACUUCGCCAAGACGGUGGAGCUGCCGCCGCAGCUGCGGAUCGAUCACUACUCCGCCUGGAAGGUGGGCAACCACGAGGAUGGCUAUCUCAUCGGGAUCAACAAUCUCAUCGAUAUCUUUGUGGAGAUGCAGGCGUCCAUGGAGGCGGAGGCGUCAGUUUCUGGCGGGGAUGGGGAUCAUGCGAAGGAGGAGCCGGGAGAAAGUAAACCCUGAAGUGAAUUCUUCAUUUUUUUUCAAGGGGGUUUGGGGCUGGGCCCCAAGGCAAAGACAUUUCCAUUUCCCGAAUCGAUUAAUCCCCAAUUCCUAGGCUAAGUAACCGUUUUUUUUUUGUUUUUUUUUUACAGCAAUUUGCUUACAUUUAACCCCUUAAGUUUAAAAUCAAAGACUGAAACCACAAUAAGCAUACAUAUACACACAUACAUAGAUACUUUUACUAUAUGAUAUACGCCUACGUAUAUAGGAAAUAUAUAGCCUUAUAUGUGCUGCUGCUGUAGUGUAAUUUAUUUAGCCAAAAAACUCACAUUUGGCGCAUCCCCGAGAGACCCGAAUAGUUGGAGAACACCCGCAGGCAGUCGAAACUGUCGAUCGUAGCGAUUCGAAAAGUUACCCAGAACACCCAACACGCAACAAGAGCUUAAUUUAAGUUUUUAAUGUAAUGGUUAUGCGACUACCUACUAAAUACUACUAAUUGUGCACUAUUAAAUUCAGUUAAACCAGA